AUGUCAUAUAAUGAUGAAAAACCUAAUGAAUCAAUAAAAAAGAAACGUGGACGACCAAAAGGUUCAAUAAAAUCAUUAACCAAAGAAAAAAAUCAAGUAGAUAUUGAAAUAAAAGAAGAAAAACACGAAAUUGAACCAAUAUUAAAUCAUAAUGAAACAAAUGAUGUAUUGAUACAAAGAAAACCUGGACGACCAAAGAGUUUAACAAAGCAAAUCGAUACAAAUAUAAACGAAAGCGUUGAAUUUACACCAAUUGAAUAUGAAAAACCUGAAGAAUUAAUAAGGAAAAAGCGUGGUCGACCAAAAGGUUCAAUAAAAUCAUUAAACAAUACAAAAAAUCAAAUCGAAUUAGAAAUAAAAAAUGAACCAAAAGAAGAAAUCAUAACACCAGCUCGUCGAGGUAGAAAACGUAAAAUUAUUAUGGAAGACAACAGUAAUGAUGAAAAUUCUAAAAUCGAAGAUAAUGAUAAACAACAUGAAGAAUCAUUUAUUGACGAUACAAAUCUUUCUGUUGUACGUCGAUCAUCACGACCACGAAAAGCACCAACAAUAGAAGUGACAUCUGUUAUCUCUUCGAAAACUGUGUCACAGGUAUGA